UGAUAAAGUGUGUAUAAUUUAUUAUUUUAAUGGAUUCUAAAACUUCCUCAGUUUUGAUCAAGUCGUUUUUUUAAUUGAUUUCACACAUGUCCACUGUCAGGGACAAUUGAACCUUUGAUAUGACAUCACACACGACUGACAAAAUUGGUGAUGUUCCAUCUAAAGCAAAGGAUAAAAAGCUUGAGUGUAUAAGAGAUGAAAAUAGAAAAUUUGACAAAGAACGUUGUCCGAACAAGACGCAAUCAGUAAUUAUACCGACAAAACAUAGUGUUAUUCAAGUAACAACAGUGGCCAAAGAAGAUGACGACGACGAUUUGUGUAUUAUGAGAAUUAAACGCUCAUGUACUGAUAAUACUUUUAAUCGGCCCCAGAUUGGAGAUGGAAGUGUUUGUGUUCGUGAUGGUUGCAAAAAUGUAGGUAGAAGUGAAACAAACGGUCAGUGCUUAGAUUGUUUUACUUCAGACAUACAGAAACGUCGACAUGGGAAGUUUAUUCCGGAUUAGCUUGAAGGAUAAUCAUAAUUGUGUACAUAUAUGGAGUACAAAUAUACAUUCAACAUAAAUAAAACUUGACGCCAUCGUUUGUUCUCUCUCUGUUAUAAUAUGUCUUGACAAGCUAUUUCUGUAUUUUUUUGGUUAUAGAUUGCUUAUUGUUAACUUUAUGGUUAGUGACCAAAUAUCAUUGUACAAUUGAGACAUAUUUUAGUAGAAUGAUAUACAUACAAGAUACAUUUAAUUCAUCUUUUUUUGUCGAUAUCAUUAUUUUUUGUUUUAAUUUCGUAUAUAUAUUUUUCGUGGUAUUGCCCAAGUCUGCAUAUGUGCCUUUAGAAAUUUAGUACUUUGUUGAAUAUUUAUAUUCUUGAUUUUUCUAAUAAUCUAAUAAUAAAUAAAUCCACAGAACAAGAUCUGUUUACAGCUGUUAUCAGUAUGAUCAUUCGUGGAUUGUGUUUAUAUUUAAAAAAAAAAAAAAAAAGAGAGGUCAUAAUAGCAAAUACCGUUUAAAAAUUUCUAUUUGGCAAAUCUUGCAUUUAAUAGUACAUUAUAAAAUGAGUUGGAAUAUGUUUCUAAGAAAAUCUUAUAACACUUAUGUGCAUUUGUGAGAAUUGUAUUAUCUAAAUAAUUGUAUGCAGUUUGUCUUUGGUUCUGAUGCGUUAAAAGCGAUUUGAUCAGCUUCUCAGUUUUUAUUAGUAAGCUCAAGCGACGGACAGUAUUGCAUAUUAUACUUUUAAAUACAUAUCUAAAUGGAUUGUAACACUUGCACUUUCUUAUGAAUCAAAGAUAAGAAACCACAACAGUCCAUUAGUUCAUAAGAAGCUUCGAAUGAAUGUUAUGCUCUAAAUAUGGGUACUGAAUCUAUAGACAUUAUCAAUUUUUAUCCGUUUGAUCAAUUAUUUGAAUUUUUAGUACUAGUGUUAUUAUGUUGAAUUUUUAAAACAAAUUAUAUGAAAACGUCACACGUAAAUAAAUAACCAUAUUAAAACAAACAA